AUGGAAAUCUUCUCUAGGCUUCUUAUUAAAGGGGAGGAGGAAGCCUCUAUUCAUGGAGUAAAAAUUACUCCAAAAAACUGUCCUAUUUCCCAUCUGUUUAUUGCAGAUAAUUGCCUUCUUUUUAUCAGAGCUGAUCUGAAAGAAUGUCAUAAUAUACGUAAACUUAUAGAAACUUUCAGUACAGCCUCUGGUCAAAUGAUUAACUUUGAAAAAUCUGGAUUUUUCUUUAGUAAGAAAGUUCAACCAAAACAUCAAAGAAUGAUAUGUAAAAUACUUAAGAUUAAGAAAAUAGAUCCUAAAGAUACCUACCUAGGUACUCCUCUAUUCAUUAGUAGAGCAAAAAUUCAGCUCUUCGACUCUAUUGUGGAGAAGAUGGAGCAAAAAAUCCAAAGAUGGAUUGGCAAAACUCUGUCUCAAGCAAGUAAAAUGGUCCUAAAUAAAGCUACUCUAGCUAGUGUAGCUAGUUAUCAAAUGAGUUGCUUCAUUUUACCAAAAGUAACUACUAAAAAGAUUGCUUCCCUCCAAAGAGACUUUUGGUGGGGCAAAGAAUCUAAAUAUAAAGGAUACUACCCAAUAUCCUACUCUUGUCUUUGUAAACCAAGAAGUAAAGGAGGAUUGGGUUUUAGAAAUGCACAAAAAUUCAAUCUAGCCAUGAAAGCCAAACUUGCAUGGAGACUUCUAACUGAGCCUUUCAUGCUUUGGGUAUCACAGCUAAAACCUAGAUACUUUAGAAAGACCUCUGCCUUUAAAGCUAAAAUCCCAACUACAAGUUCGUGGAUUUGGAAAUGUAUUAGUAAAGGUAUCAUCUUAAUAGAACAAAAUAGUAUUUGGGAAAUAGGAGAUGGAUAUAGCACCAACAUCUGGGAUCACAAAUGCAUCCCUGAUCUAGAAGAGCACCUUAGAAACUACAAAACUAAUACUAACUCUCACUUAACUCUUGUGAAGGAUAUAUUUGCUCUCUUCACUAUGAAGUGGAACUAUAAUCUGUUGACUGAAAUGUUUCCAGUAAAUAUUGCAAAUAAAAUUAACAAGAUUAGAAUAAUUAGAGGAAAACCAGACACUCUAACAUGGCUGCUUACAAAAACAGGGAAAUUCACAGUUAAAUCUAUAUACUUGGAAUUCUGGUACAAAGACCACCCUUUACUGAACCAAGUUAAUAAUGGGAAAUCUCUAACACCCAAUUGGAAGCCUCCUUCGAAAUCUCAACUAAAACUAAAUAUUGAUGCUGCUUGGAUUUCAGCUAAUCUACCAGCAGGUCUUUCUUUAAUUCUUCGAAGUGAUGCAGGAACCAUCGAACAAUGCAGAGCAGGAGCUUUCACAGCCUCUACCCCUGAAGAAGCGGAAGCUCUAGGUUUGUUGGAGGGAGCUAAAUGGGCAGCAGAGAAUGGAUUGACGAAUUUCUCAAUUGAAGGAGACUGCAAAAACCUUUUUGAUUACCUUAAUGGCAUUGAAUCUUCAUUAGAAUGGCAAAACAUAUCAGUCUUAGACCAAGUUAUCCAUACUCUAAAAUCGUGUAAUAAUUUUUUAGGUUUUUAUUUUGUUCCAAGAUCAGCUAACAAUGUAGCGGACAUAAUGGCCAAAGAAGCUAGGAGCUUUAGCUCAACUUGUAAUUGGAGAAAAGAAGCUUCAGUGUAUUAG